AUGUCAUCACUCGCAGUGAGAUCAUUGAAGAAUGGUUUGGGUUUGAAGACCUCAAUCAGAACGUUAUCCUCAACUUCAUCCCAAUUGUCCAACUAUCAACAACCUGACUUUUCCUCCUAUUUAAACCAGAAGACCCCACAAAGCAGUAGAAAUUUCACUUACUUUAUGGUUGGAUCCAUGGGUUUGUUAUCUGCUGCCGGUGCAAAGUCCACAGUGGAAUCAUUUCUUUCAUCUUUUGCUGCAUCUGCUGAUGUUUUGGCUAUGGCCAAAGUUGAAGUCAAGUUGGGAGCCAUCCCAUUAGGUAAAAACGUUAUUGUGAAAUGGCAAGGUAAGCCUGUUUUCAUUAGACACAGAACACCAGAAGAGAUUGAAGAAGCAGAAGAAGUUGACAUUACUAAAUUAAGAGACCCACAAAAAGAUUCCGAUCGUGUUAAGAAGCCAGAAUGGUUAGUCAUGUUGGGUAUCUGUACGCAUUUGGGAUGUGUCCCUAUUGGUGAAGCAGGUGAUUUCGGUGGAUGGUUCUGUCCAUGUCAUGGUUCCCACUACGAUAUCUCAGGAAGAAUAAGAAAAGGACCAGCACCAUUGAACUUGGAAGUACCUGAAUACACUUUCCCAGAUGAUGAUACAUUGACUGUUGGUUAA